UUGACAGAUCCGUAGUGAGGAAGUGAGCAGUCCUUAAGGGUUCACACACUCGUUUGUUUUGAUAGACACAUGUCCUUGAACACUCGUUAGUCCUGCUGAUGAUCAAUAUUCUGACAUUUUACCGUCUUCAAAGUACAUUAGGUCAGCGACAACAACGCCAACAUGGGGUUUCUACUGUCUAAAUCCAUGGAUGCCAACUUUAAACAGCAGCAAGAAUUUAUGCUCCAUAAUGCACGGCUGCAGAUGGAGCGUCAGAUGCUGAUGCAGAACCAGAUGAGAGAGCGACAGAUGGCCAUGCAGAUCGCCUGGUCAAGAGAGUUUCUCAAAUACUUUGGCACUUUCUUUACGGUGGCUGCAGUUGGACUCACUGCAGGUGCCAUUAAAAGAAAGAAACCCGCCCUAUUGGCUCCCAUCAUUCCUCUGGGCUUCGUAUUUGCCUUCCAGAUGGACAGUGCCUAUGGGGAUCUUAUUUAUCGUAUGAGAGGGGAAGCUGAGAGUAUCAUGAUGUCUGAACACAACCGCCUGGACCUUCCUCACGGGACUCCUACUUUCGAUAGCAUAGAGAAGGCUCGCCGCGCAAAAAGCAGCCUCGCCGCCUUCUUGGAAAAAUGACCUGAAAGAAAAAAUGAUAAUUUUCCAGUGGAUGCCUUCACCCGUUCUGCUUUUGCUUAAUCAUGAAAAAAUCGACUGCCUUGUUUUGAACUUCAUGGAGUCCAUGGUUUGCACUAAUUCUUUAUCAUGGAUAUAAUGGAUCAAAUAUAAAGAUUGUGUUCUGUUUCUUAUUGUCCAGCUGCAUCAUUGGCCUUUUUUUUCAGCACUGAACUUCUGUUCUCAGUAUUUGAAAGAGCAGAAUGAUUGACACAAUCCAAAUCCAAAUAUCAGUUAGCAACUACACUGUCAAUGCUGCAGUGUAUCAUGAAAACAAACCUGUGACCCAGAUAUUUCCAUCAGUUAAAUGUAGCCUUCAUAACAUCACUGACUCAGGCUUUAGAAUUAUCCCUCAUCCAGACUUCAUACUAAAUCUAUUCACUAUGUACUACAUGCAUGUUGUCAUAGUAAACCAGUCAUAACAAAAAUAUCACCAUACCUUGCUAGGCAAGCUACAAUAUGUGUGAUGUUAAAUUUCAGUCAAACUGAAGCAUCUAUCGAUCAAAUCUGACACAAAGAAAUGAAAAGUGUUCCUAAGAUUUUCCCCUUUCUUAUUUUUUUACUACCAACAUUUUGUUUUCUUGCUGUGUGCAGCUCCUGAUCAUAUAUAGAGUCUUUAACAAACUUAAGAAUGGUUUUAGCUUGCUCACUGUCUGGAUUUAGAAUACAGCGUAAGUCUCAACAACUUGAACUCUGCGUGAAACAUGCCUUCAGUUUAAAACUAGGGAGGAUAUAUUUGACCUCUAGAGGGCUGAGAGACUCAAAACACACUUACAGUAAACAGUCAAUAUUCCCAUCUUAAUUAAACCAUAUGACUGAAGUUUUAGCACUUUGAACUAAUGUUGCCAACUGGCACUGCAGGCAGGCACCAAAGUAACAUGAAAAUCUGAAUUGUGUAAAGUUUUCCAUCAUCUGUCUCAUUAAAAUGUAAUGUUCACACUUUAAGAUGGUUUGCUUAAACUCACUGGAUAAUCUCAACAGCAGCCGGGUGAUCCAAUCUUAGUAUCACAAAUAAAAGUGAAUGGACUUUUGAUGAUGCAUUGCAAACAUGUCUCCAGAAAGCAGAAGACUACUACCCCUAAAAUGUAUCACAAAAUGUUUGGUAUUCCUAAGUAAAAAAAAGCACAUUUGUAAAGUUGAAUUUGAGUGUUAAGAAUCUUAUUGCCAACGCUCUCGUUUUCAUCGGUGAACGUUUAACUUUUAUAUUUUUUUGUCAGCGUUGUGAUGGGUGAAUGUAAAAUAUUCUGAGGUGCUGAUAUUUAUAAAUAUAAAGUAUAUUUACCAUCGUUUUAAGUCAUGUUUGACAUCAUGGAUAGUACAUAAAAAUGGAAAAUCCAAUAAAUAAAACAAAUAUCACAGAG